AUUUUAUCGAUAACUCCGCAGUCACACUGCUUACACCAAAACAGCUGAAAUUUGGAAAUUUUCUUUCAAAUUCCUUUCAAUAUUAAAAUAGCCUUAACAUGUCUAUUGCCAAACGUGUGCAGCAAUGGGCAACGUUUGCACGAACCUGGCACAUUUACGACUGCACCUGGCAGAACCCUUUUGAGUCCGCUGCACUGGUCAAAACACAUCUGAUGGGGCUGCACAAGCCCAUAUACCAUCCCAUGAUCUCCAAACGCGGCUUUUGCACGACACACCUACAGCAGCUCCAGCGGCCGCUACACCAAACACAACUUUGUCCAAUUUAUCAACUCCAAAAACGCAACAUGGGCCGCCUGGGUACAGUGGAUCCGAGCUCCUACUCGCAGCCGGAUUUGAUUACCACGGAGCACAGUGUGCUCAACUGGAAGGUGGACUUUGCAGCCACCAAGCUGCAGGGCAGUGUGGUGCACCGCUUCAAUGUGCUGUCCAGCAAUUUGGAGAAGAUUCUCCUGGAUGUGCGCGACAUUAAUGUGACGAAUGCCACGUUGCUGGCUGGAGGCAGUGAGCUGCCCAUCAACUACUUCAUCAGCGAUCCCGUGAAUGAUAUUGGACAAAAGCUAACACUGGAGUUGCCAGCCGGCACGGCUAAGGGCAGCUUGAAUGUUCGCAUCGAUUACGAGACCUCAAGCAGUGCCAGCGGCCUGCAGUGGCUGAAUCCCACACAGACACUGGGCAAGCAGCAUCCGUACAUGUUCUCGCAGUGUCAGGCGAUACACGCACGUUCGGUGGUGCCCUGCCAAGAUACGCCAGCGGUGAAGUUCACCUACGAUGCGGUGAUUGAGCAUCCCACCGAGCUGACGGCGCUGAUGAGCGCCAUCAUUGACAAGAAGCAGCCCGGCAAGACACACUUCAAGCAGGAGGUGCCCAUACCCGCCUAUCUGGUGGCGAUUGCCAUUGGCAGGCUGGUCUCCCGUCCGCUCGGCGAGAACUCCAACGUGUGGGCCGAAGAGGCCAUUGUGGAUGCCUGUGCCGAGGAGUUCUCUGAAACGGCCACCAUGCUGAAGACCGCCUCGGAUCUGUGCGGUCCGUAUGUGUGGAAGCAAUACGACUUGCUGGUGAUGCCACCAUCAUUCCCCUUCGGUGGUAUGGAGAACCCCUGUCUCACCUUUGUUACACCCACGCUGCUGGCGGGCGACAAAUCGCUGGCCGAUGUUGUGGCCCAUGAGAUUGCCCACAGCUGGACGGGCAAUUUGGUGACCAACAAGAACUUUGAGCACUUUUGGCUGAACGAAGGCUUCACCGUGUUCGUCGAGUCCAAGAUUGUGGGACGCAUGCAGGGUGCCAAGGAGCUGGACUUUAAGAUGCUCAGCAAUCUGACGGAUCUACAGGAGUGUUUGCGCACUCAACUCUCUGGCACACCCGAGCUGACCAAACUGGUGGUGGAUCUAUCCAAUUGUGGGCCCGAUGAUGCCUUCUCCUCUGUGCCUUACAUCAAGGGCUCCACAUUCCUGCGCUAUCUGGAGGAUUUGCUGGGUGGACCAACUGUCUUUGAGCCUUUCCUCCGCGAUUACCUGAAGAAAUAUGCCUACAAAUCGAUCGAAACCAACGACUUCAAGAGUGCCUUGUACGACUACUUCAAGGAUACGGAGCAAAAGGAUCAACUGAGCGUCGUGGACUGGGAUCUGUGGCUGACCAGCGAGGGCAUGCCACCCAUUUUACCCAAAUUCGAUGAAUCCCUGUCGAAUGUCACCACGGGUCUGGCCAAACUGUGGAGCAAUGAGACUGUCUCCAAACUGUCAGACAACAGCGACAUCAAGCAGACCAUUUCCAUCCAUCAACUGAUUGACUUUUUGGGCAAACUGAUCGAAUCGAAGGACAUUGUCGACCUGAACGAGGACAAGAUUGAACUGCUCGAGUCCACCUACAAGCUAAAGCAGUCCAAGAACGCCGAAGUACGUUUCCGCCUGAAUCGUUUGAUCAUUCGUGCCCGCCUGCUCGGCCGUCUGGAAGAGAUCAUUGAAUUUGCCAACUCGAAUUUCCGCAUGAAAUUCUGCCGCCCCAUCUACCGCGAUUUGGCUGCCUGGCCCGAGGCCAAGCCGGCGGCUAUUCGCAACUUUGUCAAAGUCAAGGAUCAAAUGAUGACCGUCUGCUCGCACACCAUCGAAAAGGACUUGGGAUUAAAGACAAUUUAGGUCUGACUUUUUUGAAGUGUGCAUUUGUCGAGAUUUUUUAAUGAAAAAUUAAAUUUUUUUGUGUAUUCUCGUAGUCUGA